CGGAGGGUGCAGCUCAUGACCACGCGCACGCCGGCGUUCCUGGGGCUGGAGCCCGGCCGCGGCGUCUGGAACGCGACCAGCUACGGCGAGGGCGCCAUCAUCGGGUUCCUGGACACCGGGAUCGACGAGAAGCACCCGUCGUUCCGCGACGAGGGCAUGCCGCCGCCGCCGGCCAGGUGGAAGGGCGCCUGCCAGCCUCCCGUGCGGUGCAACAACAAGCUCAUCGGCGCCGCGUCGUUCGUCGGGGACAACACCACCGCCGACAACGUCGGGCACGGGACGCACACGACGGGCACGGCGGCCGGCCGGUUCGUGGAGGGAGCCUCGGCCUUCGACCUCGGCGCCGGCGGCGGCACCGCGGCCGGGAUGGCGCCCGGCGCGCACCUGGCCGUGUACAAGGUCUGCGACGCCCAGGGGUGCUUCGAGUCCGACCUGCUGGCCGGGAUGGACGCCGCCGUGAAGGACGGGGUCGACGUCCUCUCGGUGUCCCUGGGCGGCGUGUCCACGCCGCUGGACAAGGACCCCAUCGCCAUCGGCGCGUUCGCGGCGGCGUCCAAGGGCGUCCUCGUGGUGUGCGCCGGCGGCAACAGCGGCCCGCUGCCCUCCACGCUGUCCAACGAGGCGCCGUGGAUACUGACCGUGGCGGCCGGGUCGGUGGACCGGAGCUUCCGCGCCACCGUGCGGCUCGGCGACGGCGAGAUGUUCCAGGGCGAGUCGCUGACUCAGGACAAGCACUUCAGCUCCAUGGUGUACCCUCUCUACUACUCGCAGGGCAUGAACUACUGCGACUUCUUCGACGCCAACAUCACCGGCAUGAUGGUCGUGUGCGACACCGAGACGCCGGUGCCGCCGAUGAGCUCGAUCGAAGCUGUAUGGGAGGCCGGCGGCGUCGGCGUCGUGUUCGUCAACGAGCCCGAUUUCGGAUACACCAUCGUCCUGGAGAAGUACUACAACCUCCCCAUGUCGCAGGUGACCGCGGUCGAUGGCACCAAGAUCAUGGGCUACGCCAUGAAGGGCUCGUCCAAGACCAACCAUACGGCGACGAUCGUGUUCAACAGCACGGUGGUCGGCGUGAGGCCGGCGCCGAUCGUGGCGGCCUUCUCGUCGCGCGGCCCCAGCGUUGCCAGCCCCGGCGUGCUCAAGCCCGACAUCAUGGCGCCCGGGCUCAACAUCCUGGCGGCGUGGCCGUCGCUGGUGCCCGUCGAGGGGCCCGAGUCCUACAGCUUCAACAUCAUCUCCGGCACAUCCAUGGCGACGCCGCACGUCACCGGCAUUGUGGCGCUCGUCAAGAAGGCUCACCCGGACUGGUCCGCCGCCGCGAUCAAGUCCGCCAUUAUGACGACGUCCAGCGCCGUCGACAACGAGGGCAGCCGGAUCAUGGACGAGGAGCACCAGACGGCGAGCUCCUACGCCGUCGGCGCCGGCCACGUGGUCCCGGCGAAGGCCGUCGACCCCGGCCUGGUGUACGACAUCGGCGUGCGCGACUACGCCGGGUACAUCUGCGAGCUCCUCGGCGAGGCGGCGCUGAAAGCCAUUGCCGGAGGGAGCGCCAACUUGACGUGCACGGAGGUCGAGCCCGUCGCCGCGGCGCAGCUCAACUACCCGGCGAUAGUGGUGCCGCUGCGCGCCGAGCCGUUCGCGGUGAACCGGAUGGUGACGAACGUCGGGCCGGCGAGGUCGAGCUACACCGCGAAGGUCGACGCGCCGGAAGGGCUGGCCGUGAAAGUGGAGCCGGCGGAGCUGGAGUUCACGGAGGUGAAGGAGAGGAAGACGUUCACGGUCACAGUGAGCGCCGCCGCCGGAACCAGCGACAGGGCCAGCGACGAGCAGAGGAUCGCCGAGGGGAGCCUGAGCUGGGUGUCGCAGGAUCACGUCGUGAGGAGCCCCAUCGUGGCCGACUCCGGCAUCACCCUCACGAGUUGA